AUGGCCGAGAAAUAUCAGCAAUUAAUCAAACUCAUUCUUGUGGGUGAUAGCGGCACUGGAAAGUCUUCUCUCCUUCAUAGAUUUGUAGAAGAUACUUUUUCAGAACAACAGGCACAGACAAUUGGUGUUGAGUUUGGCUCUAAAAUUGUUCAGCUUGCAGGUCGCAAGGUGAAAUUACAAAUAUGGGAUACUGCAGGACAAGAAAGAUACAAAUCUGUUACGAGAAGUUACUAUAGGGGUGCGGUAGGAUGUCUAAUUGUUUAUGAUAUUACUCAACGUUCAACAUACGAAAGUGUGCCACAAUGGUUAAAUGAUGUCCGGCAACUUGCAGGAAAGGAUGUUGUCGUCAUGCUAAUAGGGAAUAAAAGUGAUCUUUCUGACGGUCGAACUGUGCAGCACAACGAGGCGUCAUUGUAUUCUCUUGAAAACGGUCUUCUUCAUUUUGAAACUUCCGCUGCUUCGGGGGAGUUUGUGAGUGAAGCCUUUUUGAAAGUCGCUAAGACUGGGUUGAGUAUGACUGCGGAAGAAGUCAACAUUGGGGGAGAUAGGGCGAUGGAGGUUGCAGCGAAACAAGAAAGUAGGACGGGUUAUUCAUGUGCUUGCUGA